GCGCACACAACCCGCCGCCUAGCAAAGCCAAACCAAAUCAAAUCCAACAACGAAAUCCGAAUCCAGUGCUCCGACCAAGUGCUAUAGUGUCGCGAGAAGCAUCGAUCGAAAACAGCCACGAAAUGUCCACGAUUAACCUGCAUCCCCCGCAAACCUAUUCGCGCCUGUUCCGCCCCUGGGACUCGCAGCGCCAGACAGCCGCCUCGGCGCCCAGGACGGUCAAGCAGGAGGAGGAACAGGUCCCGGAGACGGGGACCAUCGCCAUCAAGACGGAGCUGACCAGCAGUGGCUUUGGCCACGACUCCGAGCGGGACUUCUCGUCCGCCUCUUCCGCCUCCUCCUCCUCCUCGUCGUCGUCGUCAUCGUCGAGCAGCAGCAACAGCAGCAGCAAGUCCUGCUACGAGGAUGCCCUGAGCCACAACAGCUACAUCCGCACCUCCACGCCCCAUCCCGUCUUUCCCCAUGCCCACGCCCACGCCCACCCGGAACCGCCCACCGCCAGCCCCGUGUCCCUGGCUCCACCAGCAACCCAGCAGCCCGCUCCCUUCCUGCCCGCCGCCAGCGACCUCUACUACGCGGCCGCCGCAGCUGCCGCCGCCGCCGCCAGCACGCCGCCCGCCGGGUUCGGCAUGGACCCCUUCACGCUGGGCCUCAUGGAGCAGGAGUACGCCCGGGUCAUGGCCGAAGACGCCCAGUUGAAGGCGCUCAAUGCGCGCAAGCAGCGCCCCAAGAAGUUCAAGUGCCCCCACUGCGACGUGGCCUUCUCCAACAACGGCCAGCUGAAGGGCCACAUCCGCAUCCACACCGGCGAACGCCCCUUCAAGUGCGACGUGGACACCUGCGGCAAGACCUUCACGCGCAACGAGGAGCUGACGCGCCACAAGCGGAUCCACACCGGACUGCGGCCAUAUCCGUGCAGUGCCUGCGGCAAGAAGUUCGGCCGCCGUGACCACCUCAAGAAGCACAUGAAGACGCACAUGCCGCAGGAGCGCCAGCUGGGCCCGGCCAUCUUUGUGCCCAUGUACCCCUACCUGUAUGGAUACUGAGGGGGGGGAAUCCUUCCAUCCAGCCGUAAAACCAUCGCAUCAUCCUCCAGCGAUCAUCCCAUCCUCCAGCGAUCUGUGAAGCGCUUGCACGCUUUAAACGAGCUCCUGCCACGAUACUCAAUGCCGGCCAAUACUCGAUAGCCAAUCUUGGACAGAACUACCUCAGCCGUACCUGGCGCAACAUGGCGCACUCAACGACCUCAAUCCACCUCGACCUUCGACGAUAUAUGCAAAUAUUGAGAUAUUUAUUUUUAAACGCAUAUUUACACUGCCAGCUACGUGACUAGAACCCCGCACAUGUGUAAAUACCUCCUUAAGUGAUCCUUCCUCAUAUGCUAAGCGAUUAAGAGAUUUAAGAGAUACCGACAUGCAAACAGUCUAUAUUACCACUAAGCUGAU